AUUAAAUGUAAUAAAUCCCAUAAUCGCCAUUAUUGCCAUAUCUAUUUUAUUAAGACGAACCCAUGUCACUUGAAGAAAUGGGUUUAGAUAUUUAACCAUUUGAAUAAUCACUUUAAUUCACAAUUAAUCCUAUAUAUACUAACAAUCAAAUAGUUCUUAAUCCUCCUGAUCUAUAUUCAUAAAGAAAAAAAAGACUUAAAGAGUUUUCUAACUCAUUAAUUAAAGAUGAUCCAAAAUAUAUUGCUGAUAAUUUAUAUGCAAUCUAAAUUAUCCAAGAAUUAACUAAUGCAGGACUAUGCAAAAUCUCUAAUUUUGUUAAUGGACAUUACUAAACUUAAUUAGAAUAAAUUAUUAAAUAUGACAAACUACUUCAAGAAUCCAGAUAAGAUUAAUCACUUUAAAAAUAAAUCUUUUUUAUCAAUGUUAACCCUAUAUAAAUAUGCUUUCAAGAUGAACAUAUAGUUUUUCAAUAAAGUAUUCAUUCAAUUCAUAACUUAGCUCAUCCUACUCUAGAAAUAAAUUUAAACUUAUAAAAAAACUAUCAAUAUUUAUUAGAAGUAAUAAAUUUGACUAUCAGACUCUUGGAUACUUGUUUCAUAUAAGAUUUUUAAGGUAUUAUUAAUCAUUACAUUCAUUUGAAAGAAAAAAAAUAUUCUAAUAAUAGAAUUAUUGAAUUUUUAUAAAAUGAAAUAGAAAAAAAUUCUGAAUAAUUUUCCUAUGUUUCUAAAUGGUUGGAAAUCAAAUCCAAAAUAAAACCUGUUUUAGUUAUCUAUAAAUAAAUUAAAAUCUUAGAAAAAAAAGAUGAAUUAUGUGGUAGAAAAUCAUUGAAAGUGUUAUCCAAACACAUUAAAAAAAUUGAUAAAUUAUAAAAACGAUUGUAUCAGGAAUAAAUUCUUUCUCCUUUAGAAUUUUUAUUGUUAAAUCUAUUUGAGAUUUUUGAUUAAAUUCUAAAAUUUUAUGAUGAAAAUUAUGAAAAGGAUUCAUGUCCUUAACCUCAAUAAAUCAUAAAAAAGAAUGAAAAAAACAAAUUUAAAUAAUAAAAAUCAAUUGUUUAAGAAGCUUCAGUUCAAGAAUGUGAAUAAGAAUAAUUUCAAUUUGAUUCUUUAAAAAAAUAAAUUAAAUAGCAAGAACUACUUGUUGGAUAAUUUGACUGUCAAUUAGAUAUAAUUAAUAGAUAAUCUUAAUCCCCUAAAAAAAAAGUUAAGAUUUAAAUAUCAGAAUGA